AAAGCAAUGGGACAAAAUAAGAUAGAAAUAAAACUUAUUGCAAAACUAGCACGGAGAGCACAAACUUUCAAAAAGAGGAUUAAGGGACUCUUUAAUAAAGCAUAUGAACUCUCAGUGUUGACGAAAAGUAAAGUUGCAGUAGUCAUUGUUAAAGAAGAUGGUAAACUUGAAACUUAUCCUUCCUCUAAUCUAACUCCAAUUCUA